AGUUGCACCCUCGCCAGUCAGGCAUGCCGAGACUCCUAAGAAACCCCCAAGAGAUAGUUUUUCACGACUGCCUGACGUAUUUUUUUCUGCAGGGACGCCAGAGUCCCCAUGCUGUGAUCGAUCCAUGGGAGAUCCAACGGUGAGGUGUCCCGCUCCCGGAAGAUGAACGUGCUUCGGUUCAUACUGUUGCUUCUCCUGGGCCCCCACACUGCGCUGGCGCUGCCCUGUAGUUGCGCUCAGCUAUCGGACAAAGUGGGCCAAAUCCGCGACGAACUGGAGAACCUUCGCGAGGACGUUAAGGUGCUCAGCCGCAAGGUCAGCGUGAACGUGGGCCUGAGGCACGAUGUGGAGGAUCUCAAGAUGUCCGGCAUGGCGAGGACCGAACAGAUGACCAAACUCACAGCCGACGUUCGGGAACUCCAGAAGCGGGACCAGAACACGGUGUCCAACCUGAUCCAGGUGGUUCCCGGCAGCACAAUGGAUGACCUGGUUACUAUGGUUAAGCGACUUGCUGCCCAGGUUUCGGAGAUGAGGGAGGAGAGGACCUCGUGGCUGAGCAGUCUCUCCAAGAUUAAGGAAGAGAACGCCGAAAAUAGCAAGUCAAAGAUAAGCUUAUUUAGCGCUCUGGACGACGUCAGAUCCGAGCUCGCACACUUCCAGGCCAAGGUCGCUGGGAUUUCGGAGGUUUCGCAGCGCCUGGAUGCGCUGGAAAGCACGGUAAGCGUGGAUGACUCAAUCUUUGUGGAACUGAGUGCCCCCGGGCCAAAGUCUACGUCAGAUGAUGCGAAGGGCGUGACUCAGAUUGAAUUCAUUGGUGCUGAUGGUAACUUUACGGUUAACAUAAACGACUCCGGCCACUACGGCUGCCUGGAGCACAUCAAUGCUACAGACGGUUCGUCUUCUCGCGAGUGCUCCGACUUUCGAAACACCACCGGCGAGCAAGAUGAAGCAGGUGGACGCAGUGCGCGAACCUUGCGCGGAGAGGAACGAACUUCGUUCAAUCGCGUCUUGCAUCUCCUGGUCGGAAAGGUGAAAGACGUUCACGAGAACGUUACGCAGCUCAACCUGACUCAUCGCCUGAGAAGUCUAGAAGACGCUGCCCAAGAAGUGAAUCGUCGCCUCACCACGCAUCAUGACGGAGUUAUGUCUGACAUUGACGAUGUUCGGAAUAGGGUUCAAGAGCUAGGGUUCGAAGUGCGAAACUUAACCGAGGAGGUCAUCAUCUUGCGUCAGCCACAAGAGGCUAAUGGGGAAUGGUUGCAGCAACUUACAACUAAUCACAGCGAAAUCAGGUUCCUGCUAGACCAUGCGUUAUCGAAGCUUGGAUCUGUGGAGAACUUUAUCGAACAUCUGACAACCGAAAACAACGCAACCCUUCUGGCACUUCAAGCCUUAACCGGAAGCUUGGGAACAGUGUCGAAGCGCGUAGAGAUUCUGAACACGUCGGUGGAAGACAACUUAAAAGAACGCUUAAGCGACGAGAAACUACGGAGUUUGAGAAAUACGCUGGAUUCGAAGAUGUCGGCCCUUAAUAACACGGUGGAUUCGUCUUUGAAUCUGAUGAAUCGAACGAUCAAAAAGAACGUCGAGACGCUGAAAGAGCGAAUGGAUGCCUUACAAGGCGCGUUAGCCGAAGAGGAAGAAAAGCUCAAGACGGUGAUGUUGAACCUGAGUCAAGCUUCGGACAUGAGAAUGACUCUCCAUGGGUGGCAUCCGAACGACAGCACGCCAUGCCCUGGUUUGCUGUUCCUGGGUCGUGACGUCAACCUCGUCCUCACGACCGACGCCGGCACGUUCCGAUCUCCCCAACUUUCCUCGGAGCCACUUCCAGUUGGAAGCGUUGUGCACUUCCGCUGUGCUCAUGCCGGGACGUUCCGGCUCGAGGGCGCUGAAACCAUACGGUGCUUAGCUGGUAGGUGGUCCAACAGGCCCCCUCACUGCCAACCGUUGACGACGCUUCAAGAGCUUAGAGCGAACAAUGGUACGGAUAAUUUUCCGUCCAUAACUUACGAGACGGAGGACGACGCUGGAUACAUGACUGACGAGAGUGGAAGACUCGUGUUCGCGCCGGGUGCCACCAUAGCCCUCACCUGCCUGUACCCCCGGUCCAAGGGUCAAGUCAGCUGGUUGCAUAACGGGACCGUGCCCAAGGACGCCACGUCGGCGUGGCUCGCAGGCCCGGACGGAAACUACGCUUACAGACUGAGCGUGCACAAUGCUUCGGUCGCACACUCGGGAGUCUACGCCUGCGUGGACCCGGGAGGAAAGAAGCACCACGUUCAUGUCAGAGUUCAAGAAGUCGUCUGCGAAGAACUGGAAGCCCCUCCAGGCGCAGCAAUGGACGUCAGCCACACCGGGCCGAUGACCAUGGGAACCGUGGUUCGCUUUUGGUGUCCGCUGGGCCACAGACUCGACGGUGAAGCUGAGCUCUCCUGCUCAGCGUCCGGAAAGUGGUCUGCCCCCGUUCCAAGCUGCCCCGAAAUAGAAGAUUUCUCUCCUCCCUGGAAUGCGUGCAGCAAGCCAGCAGUGCCGGGCCCUUUGAGCAUUUCACCGGACCACAAAUGGUACAAGGAAGGGGAUCGUAUUCAGUACAGGUGCCACGGCGGCGGCAUGCUCAUUGGCAAGGCCAGCUCAUUCUGUCUUCAAGGUCGCUGGAUCGGGAAUACGCCAAGCUGCCUUUGACGCGUUUCAAGGGCAGUCUUCAACAGGCGCUCGAGAGAGAAAGAAGGUGGGAAAUAACUAUAAAGCAAGAGAGAGAGGGAGAGCAACACAUUUAAGCAAACAGUCUAAGUAAAACCGGUUGCCAAAUUUCCUUCGUAUUUUAUAUAGCUCCCACGUCAUAUUGGAAAUUUUAAUUGGUAUUCACUUCGAGUGAAGAGGUUGCAUUUGAUAUUGCCUAAACAGAGGAAAUAAAGCUGAAUCUCAAACGGGCCUUCUCUUUAUAUGCCUCAAAUGACAACAAAAGUAGCAAUAGCCACAAAAAUAUAUAUAUGAUUUUCCAAAUAAACAUAUCAAAACA